GGAUUAGGUUUACAUAAGCUGGAUGUUUGAUAAUGUUCCCAGGGGGGUCACUGAGGAAACCCAGUGAAGAAAAGGAAGUGUUCUUUAAUGCUGUGUGUGCUGGGCAUUGCACCAGAUCUCGUCUCUCCUUUCUCUGGAUUAAUCCUCACUUUGUUAGUGUAAAUUGGCCAAGAACUCACAAGGCCUGCACUGGAUGCUGUAAUCAUUGAUCCUGCAGGAGCUGGACUGAACUGUCCUUUAGAUCCUCGCAAGCCGUUAACACCUCACAUGCUUCACCAACCAUGCAGUUCCGAGAGCAACCAGGAAGUACGGCGUAAAGGUUACUGGCUGUUACUCUUUGUUGGUGGCAGAAACACUCUUACCUCACCAUGCUUCUAAACUGUGGUCAGCCGUUGCCUCUGCUGAGUCACACGGAUGUACCCCCCCGUGUCACAGAAAACUUCAUCCUGACAGGGUAUCGCUUCCCAAACUACAGCCUGAGGGAAUGCUUGUUGUCUGCGUUCAGGCCCACCAAUGAAACGGGCAACUUCUGGACACACUUUCUUCCCAUUUUCAUUUUUGCUUACUACUUUGUGGAGGUGUUUGGUUGGGAUGGGGCCCCUGAUGCCGACGCCCCAUUCUUUUACCCUAUGUGGAACUACUUUAUUGGGGUUUUUUGUCUGCUCAUGGCCAGCAGCUUGGCCCACCUACUGAACUCUAUGUCUCUGGUUGUAAGGGAGGUUUGCUUUUUUGUGGAUUACGGCACAAUUAGCGCCUACACCGUUGGCUCGUCGCUGGCAUACUACUACUACAUCCAUCCUCGUGCAGGUAUAGUGGAGAGAGGACAGCGGAACAGCUCCCAUUCGGCCCUGAAUCGUGAGGAUGAGGGGGUUCUUGCAUCCUCACCAAUGCCAGAUAUUAGUCUGUUCUUUGAGAACUACUAUAUGCCGUGUGCAUGUGUUAUAGCCAUCAUAUGCGUCUUAUCCUGCUGCAACACCCGCCAGAGGUGGAGGGAGCAUCGAUACAUCAUUCGGACCCUGGUUUUCCUCCUGCCGUUCCUCAUGUCUUCCACUCCUAUCUUUUACCGUUUCCUCACCACCUCGCCGUACUCCACCACCUCAUCCUCCUUUGCUGCCUCGACAACCAUGCCCUGCUUCUUCUACCGUCACUCUCUCUGGCUGCUGGUGUCGGCCCUGUUUAACAUCAGCAAGGUCCCAGAGAGACUGGCCCCUGGCCGUUUCGACAUAUGGGGCCACAGCCACCAGUGGUUCCACUGCUGCACGUUUUUGUCCAUCCUUGACGAGCUCCACAUGAUCCAGGCUGAGGUGAGGGCCAUCCUGCUCAACCCUGAUUUCCUCUUACCCCCCACCACGCUGUCCCCCCUACCCGGACCUACCGUUGCUUCCACCUACGGACUCAUGUUCCUCCUCCAGACUACCAUUAUCUCAAUCAUCGUGGGUUUCUCCUGGCAUGCAAACUCUAUCUACGGCCCCCAGAGAGACCAACUAAAGAAGGAACAUCCAUUUAAACACAUGAAAGUCAACUGAUCCAGUAGAGGUCAUUCUUCUUUACUGUGAAAGAUGAUUUGCACAUGCCCUCAAAGCCAUACCAUUAAUAACUGCUCAAGAAAACAAUUUUACCAAUUUGAUUCCAAGUCUCUAAUGUGUUCCGAGUCCCUCUGGACCCAUUAAGAAGCUUUCAUAAGGACCUAGGGGACAAGAGGAGAUGAAAGGUUAUUUCUGGGCUCUCCACAGGGAAGCUGUCUUGUCGAGAGGAUAUUGAAAAUCUCUGCCAGUUAUUUUUUUCCCCAGAGCACCUUCAGCAUGUUCCAACAGGAUGUCUAACUGUGGAGGAUAAUGACUACUGCAGUUGGCUGAGCUCUGGAGGAUUUGUGAGCUACAGGACUCUAGUGCCGGAUUCUGGUAACAUUUUGGAAAUGUCACUCUGCCGUUUCUAAUUCCUCUGGUCUGGUCCAUUCUUUAAUUGCACUUCCCUUUCCUCUAUUUAGUAUUUAACUAUAUUCAUUUUUUAAAUUUAGUGUAACCCUAACUGUCUUUCUUAGUCAUUUCCUCAUCAUGAAUUGUUUAGCGUAUCCUUUUGUGGCCUUCAGGAAGUCUUGGGUUGUCUCAUUUCCCCUUUCUUGAGCCCUGCAGCAGGAAGUUGCAUGGCCUUAAAAGACGGCAACACAAACAGCUGAGACCUCGUAUAAAUCACAUAAUAAAGCACUUUCAGGGGCCAGUGAGACUAGCCCCGUCUUUAAAAAGCCAUGUUCACUUUCGAAUCUGAAAGGAUGUUUUUGCAAUUUAAAGGCAUAUUAUGAUCUCCUGCUGUAAAAGUCAUCGUUUUCUUUAGAUGUGAAACAUAUUCGUGGUGCAUUUAAUGCAUUUGCUGCAUCUCUAACCAGCUUUCAAUCACAUUUAGGCACCUGUCCCCGUCUUAUUCAGAUGUAUUUCUUUUCUUUCAUGUUAGAAAUGAAGGUUUUCUUUACUAUGUGAGUUGGACAAUGAUUGACUUGGAUUGUAGCUGUUCACUGAGUACUUUCUUCCUCAGAGUUUAGUUUUUGUUAAAGUUGGGUUCUUGCGGACGUUAUCAGUUGAUGUAAUCUUACCUGCAGUAACUGCUUACUUUAAUGACUUCAGCUUAUAUUGACGGAAAAAGAAGCUUGUGUCAGACCAAACUGGAUCUUGCUGUGUUUACGAUUUUAUGGCGGCUCAAUGGUAUUUCCUAAGCUCUUGAAUUUCAAUCAUAUAUUGUAUCAGACAAUUACUCACAUUUGAAUCUACUGUUAUUUACAAAAAGGUCUAUAUAAAUCACAGACUUCAGUUAUGAUGUCCUCAUGGAAAACCACAUUUGAGGAUCCUACCUGCUAGUAAAUCAUAAUCUGAUAUGAAAUAAUAAAUGCUGUUAUAUUGCAGCAAAUUAUGGCCAAUUGGACUUUGAUCAUACAUUUUUAUAGCUCUUACACUCUGGCAACUUUAACCAAAUCACACUCACAGUCAUAUACUAGAUAGAUCAUUAGCCAACUUGGUGAUAAAUGCCUUGCCACUGGAACUAUAAACAACGACAGGAGGGAACAGGAAUCAAACCUACAAUCUUUCAAGUGGCAACUUCAUUGCCCACAAAUUAAGACUAUAUCUAUCUUUAAACUGCAUUUUCAGAAGCAGUUUUUAAUGUUUCUGUUUAGGACUCUAUUAUGGUCCGUUUUAUAAGUCAUGUUUUUUCCUAUUUAGUUAAGGAGUUACUCACUGCUGGUAAGACAGUAACUAGUUAACCUCCCUAUAUAACUCUACUUCGAAACCCAACGAAUCCAUUUAAAGUCGUAGGGAAGUCAUAUUUAAAUUUUAAAUUAUUGUGGCUUAAACAUGUAUAUAAAUGUACUCUUUAACAGAAUAUAUUUUCCCAAAAGUUAGAAAAUUUAUUUUUAGCAA